AUGGAAUACGUAGCCCAAACUCAUAGUGAAAUGAUUGAAUAUAAUGUUGACAGUAUGUUAAGUAUACAAAGUGAACUUCAGAAUAAUGAAAUAUCAGCAAUUAACCAAGAUUAUUUGAACAAAGAUUAUAUAAAAGGUCCAAAAAAAUCUUUUAGUGAUAUUUCAACUUUGGAAUUUAAUGGCUCGUCUCAUCUUAACCAAGCAUCACUUUCCUCAUUUGCUUUAAAUUCUACAUCAUUCAUAGGACCUUCAUCUGUAUCAGCAUCUUCUAGUUGUAAUUCUGUGGUUUCAUCAUCCUCUCUGGUGAGUAAUUCAAGUAUAUGCUCAAGAGAAGGUAUUAAUAUAGUUUCAAAAAAUUAUAUAACACAAGAACAACAAUCUAAUAUACCAGUGUUUGAUAAAGAUGAGCUAAAAAUUUUGAGUAGGUGCCUUCCUCAUACAAAAAUCAAGAAAAUAAUUAAAUGCUCUGGAGCUGUAAAUCAUAUGAUUGGAAGUGAAGUUCCUGCACUUUUAGCAAUUGCUUGUGAACUUUUCGUUAGAGACUUGACAAGUUUUUCAUGGAACUUUACUAAGAGAGCUAAAAGAAGAACAGUUCAAGUUCAAGAUAUUAAGUCUGUUUCUAGUAAAGAUUUCAGAUUAAGGAGACUAUUAUAUGCCAGUAAAAGCCAAUUAAGAAAUAUUUUGUCUGAAAACGAAUCAUUGGAACAAAAUAAAAAUCCCAUAUUAGAUUAUUACAGGAAAGGAGAAGUUCAAUAUCAAGGGAUGCAAAUGCCAAUUCCUAAUAUCCAAUCGGCACAAAUAUAUCCAAAAUAUUUUAAAAAACCACAAAAUAAUCAGGAAAAUAUAAGUAAGCAAGGAAUAAAUAGAUACGUCAACCACUAUCACAAUGUAAAUCAAGAAUUACAGAAAUCUUAUAUGCUUUCUCCUAAUCAACACAUCCAACACAGUAUUAAUCAAUUUAAUGGGAAUAAUAUCAAUUAUUAUAACAGUUAUAAUGAAGACAAAUUUUAA